UGGGGUCAAACUGGAGAGAAACUUCAGCUGCACACACACUCACACACACUCACACACACUCACACACUCUCACACACUCUCACACUCAGAGGAGGAAGAUGGCCGACUCCACCAGCAGCAGCAGCAGCUCUGAUUCUUCAUCGCCCAACAACGUCUCCACCUCCUCCUCACUCAGAGACCUCUCGCACUCAGCUUUAGAACUCGUCCACUGGAAAGAACCAAAGAAGUCUGCCGUGGCUUUCGGCCUGUCUCUGCUCGUCCUUGUUUCCGUGGCAACGCUGUCGGUCAUCAGUGUGGUGUCCUACCUGCUGCUCACCUGCCUGUGUAUCACCAUCACCUUCAGGGUUUAUAAAUCUGUGAUCCAGGCCGUUCAGAAAUCAGACGAAGGUCAUCCAUUCAGGUCUCUGUUGGACAGGGACAUCUUGUUGUCAUCGGAGACGGUCCGGCAGCUGGCUGAUCAGUCUCUGGCUCAUUUGAACUGGUUCAGUAAUCAGACUCGGAGGCUGCUGCUGGUCGAAGACUUGGUGGACUCUCUUAAGCUGGCUGCGGUGAUGUGGUUGAUGACGUACAUCGGGUCGAUCUUUAACGGCGUCACCAUCCUGAUCCUCGCGGACGUCAUCUUCUUCACGACUCCUCUGAUCUACCAGAAGAAGAAGACGCAGAUUGAUCACUUCAUGGAGGUGAUUCGGUGCAGAGUGGAGGCGACGCUGCAGAAGUUACACGACAGGUUACCUGGAGCAGUGAAGAGAACUAAAACGGAUUGACCACCUGAUCUACAGACACUGUGGCCCCUCCCCCUCCUGAUUGGUAACCUGAUCUGCAGACACUGUGGCUCCUCCCCCCCGAUUGGUAACCUGAUCUGCAGACACUGUGGCUCCUCCCCCUCCUCUGAUUGGUAACCUGAUCUGCAGACACUGUGGCCCCUCCCCCUCCUCUGAUUGGUAACCUGACCUGCAGACACUGUGGCCCCUCCCCGAUCUCUGAUUGGUAACCUGGCCUGCAGACACUGUGGCCCCUCCCCGAUCUCUGAUUGGUACUCUGAUCUGCAGACGCUGUGGCCCAACCCCCUCCUCUGAUUGGUCCGUUGGUCAGUGAUUUACCUGCCGAAAAGAGACUGAAAAAUAAUAAAGCUGUCUGAUAAAAACCUUCAA